AUGACAAUCCUGUUGCAAGCGCAGAUGUGCGGCUUUGUUUUUCUAUUCGCAUCAGCUACAACUUCCCCUAGGCAGAACGACUCCCAGAAAAGCGAUGCUCCCGAUUUUAAGUUCGCAGCCGAGCCAUUUAACGAACAGGUAAUUUCCGAUAGAGUUCGUUCCUUGGGUGAUGCUACUCUAGGAGGUGAAUCCGAAGAAGAUCACAUUGAAGCACUGCUUGAUAGCUAUACUGAUGAAGAAGAACAGCUAGAACAAGAGCUUGUGCUCCAAGAUGAAUCGACGCAGUACGAGGACGACUAUUUCGAAGUGGAGGUACUAACAAGCCAAGAAGAAGACCAAGAAGAGGACGAUUAUUCACUUUCUAUUGUAAUAGAACCUGUAGACGAUGAUUUUGACACAGAGAACCAUCAAAUUGAAGACGACUGGGUAGUGGAUAAAAAUCACAAUCGAAGCCAAUUGAUGAAGCAUCCGGUUUUAGCCAGUGCAGUGAUUUUGUAG